UCAAGUUUGAUCCACCAACAGUAAAGAAGGAGUAGUUUACAUUUACUGAACUGAAACAGUUUACAUUUACUAAACUGAAACAGUUCAAUAGGAACAACAUGCAUCUAGUAAAAGUACAGCAAUAACUGCAUUUCAUUGAGCAAACCUUAAAAAAAGUUACAUUACUGAAUGCAAUGCUGAAAGCUCAAAAAAACCCCACCAGCCCCAAGAAUCAGCCCAUACAGCACUUGCGUAUUUAAGCAGUAUGGAUUUCAAUACAUUUGCUAUAACUAGAUACAAUGAAGUUCCCAUUGUGUAAGGCAAGCUUGCAUUUCAAGAAUUCAUAAUAGAGAAACGUUACUUGCAGAAUACAUCACGUACCUAGUACUGUACCUCCAACAUCAAAACAGAAGUAUAGAAAUAUAAUGUGAAGAUAAUCUCCUAAAACAAUAACUGCCUAAAAGUAACCUUCAGGUUCUCACACAACUCCCUUAUUCACACCUUAAUUGAUUGCAAGUUCUCCACUCGUGUCCCACUGAACAAUUACUCACAUUAGUAGUCUCUAUAGACUUUAGUGGGGAUACUCCUGAAAGUUAACAGCUCACCAAAGUUCAAAAUGUAUAGUUCUUUCCAUAAACCAUUUACAGAGAAAUCCAAAUGAAGUACUUAGAAUUAUCAACCUUACUUACAAGUUCAUGAGUUUUUCCAAUGUUAUCUUUCUCAGUUCUAAAAACAGAGGGGCCGUAAAAUUUUAGAAAAUACAAGCUAUGAGCAAUACAAUUUCAUCAACAAUAAGAAAUCCAAGGAAAGAAAAAAAAAACACCAAACAAAAAACCCCCUUAACAGGAUCUAGGAUGACUGCCCAAAAUAGCUUCCCCCACCCCUAAAAACACACAUAUACACACACAGAUAAUUACUGCUUACUGAUUUUUGGGGGAGGAGCUUAUGCCCAGCAGUCACCCAACUAGGGGGAAAAUCAUAUAAAUACUCAGGGGUGACACUUGAAAUCAUCAGCUUCUGCUCACUCACCAGUGGCAGAAGAACUCCUUAACAGAGGAGGGUUCACUGCUCUACCACUCUGCAUUGGAGCUCCACAACAUUUUGGUAUGUUAUGAUUUCAUUUUAUUCUAUUUGGUUUCGAAGGUAGCUUCUACAGCAUACAUGUUUUCUGGUUGGGGAGAGAAGGGGGUUGAUAUUUAAGGGCCAGUGACAGCAUCCUUACUGCCACUGGGGCUAUUUGAAAGGCUAUAGAUAAAAGCCUGAUUUCAAGCAAGGCAAUCUGAGAUUUAGCCACUGAUGCUGAAGGAGCCAGGUACUUCAUUUGCUAUAGCAUUAGACAGAAGCAAUAAGAUUGUGGUAGAGUGUCUAUGUAUUUCCACUGAAAACUUUUCUUUGUUUCAGGGGUUUUGAUAUAUGCAAUGCCUUAACUUACUUUUGGAGCCCUGGUGUAACUAGGAAAAUAAUCACUGUUUCUGAAGACAGUGGUUCAAGUAGGCUGGCUUCCAUAUAAAAUUAUUCUUUUCCUAAGAGUGAGACUAUUGCCUCUAAGCUAUCUAUACAAGAGCUCUAUCAUUCAGAGUGACAGCAGUAAUGAUUCCCUUUUUCUUGAAGGAUUUUUCACCUCUUUCACCUUUAGUGAAAGCAGGAGGAAGUAAGCACAAAAUAAUGUUACUUUUAAUACCAAUUCUUUAAGAAAACUCAUUUAUUCAUGCACAAGAAACAGAACUGAAGAGCUUUUCUUUAUAACAAACUUUUUCUCCCCUUUUUAACAGAAAACAGAUUUGGAAACAUGCAUUUACAAAUAUCCUUACUGCUGCUGUUUUGUCUGAACAUUGUCCAUGGUAGCGAUGGAUAUUUUUCUGAGCGAUACCAGAAACAAUCCAGCAUCAAGGGGCCACAUUUUCUACCAUUCAAUGUAAAGAGUCAAGGUGUGCAGAUAAGGGGCGAACAAGGACCCCCUGGUCCCCCAGGCCCUAUUGGACCAAGAGGACAACCAGGUCCUGCAGGAAAGCCAGGGUUUGGAAGUCCUGGUCCCCAAGGCCCCCCUGGUCCCCCAGGACCACCUGGAUUCUCUGCGGUUGGAAAGCCAGGCAUGCCAGGUCUACCAGGAAAGCCAGGAGACAGAGGACUAAAUGGUGAGAAAGGAGAAGCUGGACCUGUUGGGCUCCCAGGAGCAAGAGGGCCACAAGGACCCCCUGGCACUCCCGGCCCCGCAGGACUGUCUGUACCUGGCAAGCCAGGACCACAAGGUCCUCCAGGAGCUCAAGGGCCAAGGGGCCUCCCCGGUGAGAAGGGAGAGCCAGGUAUCCCUGGCGUAAACGGACAAAAGGGAGAAAAUGGAUUUGGCCUUCCAGGCCGCCCGGGUAGCAGGGGUCUUCCAGGCCCACAGGGGCCACGGGGCCUCCCUGGUCCUGCUGGGGUAGGGAAGCCUGGCGAAAAUGGUCUUCCAGGUCAGCCAGGCAUGAAAGGUGACAGAGGUUUACCAGGCGCACCCGGAGCAGCUGGUAUCCCAGGUCCCCAGGGUCCCCCAGGAGAACCUGGAGAAGUUGGUGUCGGCAAGCCUGGGCCAAUGGGACCACCAGGAGCAGCAGGCAUCCCCGGCGCCAAGGGACACCCUGGACCAGCAGGCUUGCCUGGAUCCCCAGGUCUUCCAGGAUUUGGAAAGCCAGGAUUGCCGGGGAUGAAGGGACACAGAGGGCCUGAAGGUCCUCCUGGCCUUCCAGGACCUAAAGGAGACCAAGGCCCAGCUGGUGUGCCAGGAGAACCAGGGCCUGCCGGGCCACCCGGCAACAUGGGCCCUCAAGGACUCAAAGGCUUGCCUGGUGAGAACGGUCUACCUGGACCCAAAGGCGACAUGGGCCCCGCAGGCCCCCCGGGAUUCCCAGGAGCCAAGGGUGAACGAGGUCUGCCAGGAUUAGAGGGAAAACCAGGAUACCCAGGCGAGCAGGGUCUUUCUGGUCCUAAGGGACACCCGGGUUUCCCAGGCCCAAAAGGUGACCCUGGCCAUGCUGGGCUCCCUGGCUUGCCUGGUCCAAUGGGUCCGCAAGGAGUUAAGGGAGUGCCAGGGAUCAAUGGCGAGCCGGGGCCCAGGGGGCCCUCAGGAAUACCUGGGAUCAGAGGCCCCAUCGGCCCCCCUGGCCUGCCAGGAGCCCCUGGUGCAAAAGGCGAGCCAGGAGCACCAGGACUGCCAGGCCCAGCAGGUAUUGCUACAAAAGGCUUAAGCGGACCCAUGGGACCACCUGGACCCCCCGGUCCUAAAGGCAGCAAUGGAGAGCCUGGCUUGCCAGGCCCCCCAGGUCCCCCUGGUCCUCCUGGCCAAGCCGUAAUCCCACAGAUGCCCGAAAGCUACGUUAAAGCAGGAGAGUCUCGGGAUAUGUCUUUCGUGAAAGGAGUAAACCAAGCUCUUACUGGGAUGCCAGUGUCUGCUUUCAGCGUCAUCCUCUCAAAAGCCUACCCUGGGGCAACAGUCCCCAUCAAAUUUGAUAAAAUCUUGUACAAUAGGCAGCAACACUAUGACCCCAGAACAGGAAUCUUCACCUGCAGGAUCCCUGGACUGUACUAUUUCUCCUACCAUGUACACGCAAAAGGAACAAAUGUUUGGGUUGCACUCUACAAAAAUGGUUCCCCAAUCAUGUACACUUAUGAUGAGUACAAGAAAGGAUACCUUGACCAGGCUUCUGGCAGUGCUGUCGUCGAUCUCAUGGAGAAUGAUCAAGUAUGGCUCCAACUGCCCAAUUCAGAAUCCAAUGGUCUCUAUUCCUCUGACUAUGUUCACUCUUCUUUCUCAGGUUUCCUAUUUGCUCAUAUCUAACAACAUCCCACUUACACUGUCCUGACACUCUCUCCUUCAGACCAUUUUAACGGCGCAAUGAUCUGGAUUCAUCACGAGCAGGUCAUGCAACUUCAAUUUUGCAACAGAAAUGGAGGAGGGAGCGAGAAGGUGCAAGAGAUUGGUUCAAAACUAGUAGAAUAAUAUUGUAUGG